AUGAAAAUCGCCUUACAGAUCGAAGAACGGAGGCUCGUACGUAGACUUGAUGAACGUAUCCUCCUGCUGGCAUGUUUCCUCUAUCUGUUCGCAUAUCUCGACCGUUCAAAUCUUGGAAAUGCGCGUCUACAAGGCCUGCCGGAGGAUAUCCUCAAUGGCGAUCCCACUGGCGUGCUUUUUGACUGGAUAACCUCCGCUUUCUACUUUUUCUUACGUGAGCACUCAUGUAUGAAUCAGAUUAUCUGCCAAAUUCCUGCGACAAUUGUCUCCAAACUUAUCCCACCGCAUUACUGGCUUGCAGGAGCUGCUGUGGGGUGGGGUUUGUCGUCCACCCUUAUGUCGACAGCGUUUAAUUUCGGCGGCCUGCUUACUGCGAGGGUAUUUUUGGGCAUCUUCGAAGCAGGCUUCGGGCCUGGAAUCCCAUUAUAUUUUUGUAACGCUCUCUACACCAAAGAGGAAAUGGGUUUACGGGUCACUGUUGCUGGCGCUUUUGGAGGACUAAUAGCCUUCGGUAUAUCAACAUCAAACAUUGCGAUUGCGCAUUGGAGACUGUUGCUUAUAGUCGAGAUCGCUGUCUCCAGGAUGAAUAGAAAUACAAGUGGAGAUGUCGGGAAUGUCCAUGAGAGACAGAUCUAUACUGGUGGUGUCAUCUAUUUCGGUCUAAAUUGCGCUCUGGCGUCGAUUUCAGCCUUCUUGCCGACUAUUAUCCAAACUUUCGGAAACACCAACGCCAUUGCACAACUCUUGACAGUACCUCCAUAUGCUGUUGCUGCCGUUGUAUUGACACUCUUCUCGUACGCGUCUGACCGUCUCCAAACGAGGGGCUGGUUCAUGGCCAUUGCAUCUCUCAUCGGCGCCAUUGGAUACCUUCUACUUCUGACCGUUCCUUCAAACAACCACGUUAGAUACUUUGCCACAUUCUGCAUUACAAGCGGAACAUAUACUACCAUCGGCAUCAUUAUCGCUUGGUUUGCUCACAAUCUUGGUUCUGAAACGAAGAGGGCGACGUGUGGCAGUGUGUUGGGCUCGCAUAUUUUCCCCAAGACUGAGGUUUCGUGCGCGCUUGAAUUCUUAGCUGCCAUUUGCGCGGUCAUACUGCACUUCUCUUACCGCCUCGAAAAUAAACGGAGAAACGCUCUCUAUGGUGUUCCUGGCUAUAAUACGCGGGUCGACACUAGCGAGUUGGCUGACAAGGCACCAAAUUUCAGAUAUGUUACCUAG